CUCCCUCACACAAUUAAACCAUCAUGCAGCACCACCACCUACCCCGACCCAGUACUCCAUGUCUAUCGUCAACAAGCCUUCUCCCCUAAAAAUUAUUCUGAUUCUUUUCUUGAAAAAGAAAAUAAAAAUAUCCGUAAAGAUCCUCCCAUGUCUGUCGUCAACAAGCCUUCUCCCCUAAAAAUUAUUCUGAUUCUUUUCUUGAAAAAGAAAAUAAAAAUAUCCCUUUUUCAGAUUCGGAUUCUCCGAUCUGUCUCGGCCAUCGUCACCGUCUCGCCGCCAGUCUCAAAUCCUUGAAGGAAUGGACUUCUGAUUGUCGCAUGCUUAACGAGGUGAGCAGAAAGUUCGGCAAAUUGAUUUUCAAGUUUCUUUUGGAGCUACAGAGAAGGAAAAGAAAAAAAGGGAAAAAGGAGAACAGAGGGCUGGUCUUUUUACCAUUUUAUGGAAGAGAUAUGAAAUUAUAAAUUAAACAAAAGUCACUAACUGUGAUUGAAAACCAUCCAAAACCCAUUACUCUUUUCCAUAUAAUUGACCUAAACACUCAUAGUUUACACCUCCCUCUCUUGGAUUGGAUCAAGAAGACGACCCUGAAACUUUGAUGAAUUAAGAACGCGAUCAAGGUCGAGAAGGAGAGCAUCACCAGAAAAUGGUGAAUUUGGGUAUUCGUAUUAUUGGGGUUUUAAUGAUCAAGAUUUUGUAUAUCAUCUUGGCCUUCGGUUACCUCUUAGAUUUUGUAGAUCGAUGGUUCUUUGGUUUGGUCGGCCCUGAAAGGAAGGAGCAAGUCUCUGUUGAGUGGAGGCUGCACCUUUCUUUCUUUUUGGUAAAGUGGAGGCUGCAUCUUGGGUUCAUUAGAAUCAGACACAGAGGUUAAAAUGGGCAGUGAAAAUAUACACAUGAGGAGCGAGAAACGUUUUGGUUGCUUUAGUUUCUCAACAAAUAGAAAAUUGACAGAUGGCUGAGUAUGUCUCACACACACUCGACUGGGGUAUAUAGCACUGCCCUUCUUUGCUUUACAAAUCUCGCCCUCCUCCUCUUCCAGAUUGCUUGGUAAUGAGUUUAAAACAACACUACUGAAGCACGCAAGUUUUCUCUGUCUAGCUGUUUCUCUAUCCUGGCUCGUACGGUUGUACCCUUAAUUAGUUCUUCUUCUGUUUUUUGGUCAAAGUAUCCUUGGUUCCAGUCUACUUGUCCACAUCGUAAACUUGCCAUAAAACGGGACCACAUUCUAAAUAACUGUGACUCGAAGAAUUGGCAGAGAAAAAAAAAAAAAAAACUAAAGCACCCUUACAUCGUACCUAAAGAGCCAUAAAUGAUGAGUAAUUUGGAGAAAACCCGGAAGAGCCCAUACAUAACUCGAGUCUUAGUGGAUCCAUUGUUCUUUUACCUUCCAAUAAUUGAUGGGAAAAGAAAGUGCAUUGGAAUGGACACAAUAUUGAGAAAUGUGACACUUAUUUUCCGAUCACUCACCGAUAUCGGUUUCAUGGUGAAUAUUAUACAUAAAAUUUGUGAAGCUGUGAAUAAAACAAGGGCAGAUUGUCUUAAAAACAUUGAAAAAAUGACUGCUGAAGAACGAAACCGAGGUGUGAGCGGAAAUAAGUUUGCUAAGUCAUUAGCUCGUAACUUGUCGUGGCACACCAUCUUAAUCGACUUUUUGGCUGUUCUUCCCAUCCCCCAAGUGAUAAUAGUAGCUGUUAGAAGCUCUAGAUGUUUGGAUAAAAGAAAGAUACUAAACUUUCUUCUUCUCGCCCAGUAUCUGCCGAGGGUUUAUCGAAUGCGUCAUUCAUCUAUACAACUUAGACCAAGGACUGGAAUAUGGGUUAAAUGUUCAUUCUAUUUUUUCUUGUACAUCCUUGCCAGCCAUGUACUUGGAGCCUUUUGGUAUUAUUUUUCUAUUCAACAAGAGACAUCUUGUUGGCACCAGGCGUGCAAAAAGCAUGGUGGAGUAAAAUGUAAUUUUUACUGCCAUGAAAACAUGACUUCAAGAGAUUUGACAUUCAUCAAUUCUAUAGAUAAAUAUUGCCUUGUAGAUGUUCCGGCAAAUGAAACUGCACCAUUUGAUUUUGGAAUCUUUCUUGAUUCUCUUAAGAAUAAUAACACGGCGUCAAUACAAUUUCCAAAGAAGUUUUUCUACUCUUAUUGGUGGGGAGUUCGAAAUCUGAGUAAUUUUGGCACAAAUUUGCAAACAAGUACUUAUGUGUGGGAAAACUGCUUUGCAAUUCUGAUUUCAAUCAUUGGCCUGCUAUUAUUCUUAUAUCUCAUUGGAAAAGUACAGACAUUUAUUUCGAUGAAAACUGCGAAUUCCGAGGAGAGAAGAAAAAAAUUCAAAUCAAAAGAGCUAGAUAUACAAAUGUGGAUGAGAAGCAAUGAUCUCAAGACAGAUAUGAUGGAAGCCAUCAGAGUACAUACAAAAAAAAAGUGGGAAGAAAUACAAGAUGCAAAUAUAGAGAACAUCUUCUCUAUUCUUCCCGUGCAAUCUCGGAAACAUCUUAAACAAUCUCUUUGCAUGGAAAUGCUGAGCAAGGUGCCAAAGCUUAGAACUCUGAAAGAUGAAGCUUUGAAACCGAUCUGCGAUUGUCUGAAGCCAGUGGUCUAUCAGGAUAAUAGCUUUGUUUUCCAAGAAGGAGAACCACUUGAUCGCAUUCUCUUCAUCAUAGAAGGCUUAAUAUGGACAUACCAGGCGGCGGGCGCUACUGAUAGUAGUAGCACUAGCCAAAAUGGAAACCGAAAAACAGGUUUCAGUUUUCUUCAGAAAGGUGGAUUUUACGGAGACGAUCAACUUCUGAGUUGGGUUAUAGCAUCACAACAGAAUCUUCCCUUAUUUAGCAACCUUCCAAUCUCCGAAGUGAAUGUGAAAUGCCAUGCAAAAGUAGAAGGCUUUGUACUCAUGGCCAAGGACUUGAAAAUUGUGGUCUCCACUAAUUACAAAGUUUAUUGGGGUCUCCACAAUUCUUCUCAGGAAAGAGAGAAGGCAUUAAUUCAAGCCGUAAAGAACGUACGGGAUCGUCGUAAAAUGCAAAAGUAGAAGGCUUUGUACUCAUGGCCAAGGACUUGAAAAUUGUGGUCUCCGUUAAAAAUUGUGGUCUCUGUUGAAGGAAGUCGACAUCUUGUGUGCCUCUUCAAACUAGGGUUUAGUCCUAGAGUUGUAAUAGGAGAAGGUUAUGGAUU